GAGGAGGAGGACGAAGAAGAAGACGAAUACGAGGAAGGGAGGAGGAGGCCUCCUCUUCGAGUCCGGAUUGUGCUUCGCGCGGUGUCGUGAUUCGACGGUCGUCGUGGAAAAAGCGGACGCUGUCGAGAUGCCCGUCGCGGAAACCUCCUCGCCUCCACGUCGCGGCCCUUGAGACAGAGGAGACAAGUGCGCGGCUGGACCUGCUGAUCGCGACCUGCACCUGUCGCAAGAUCGCAGCGCGACGACUUCGCGCCGCGUCGCGUCGCGCCGCGCGCGCGCGCGCGGUUCACGUCGCGUCGUGCUCGUCCGCUUGAUGUGACUCGUGACUCGAGGCUGAGGUGUUGGACACUUGAUCGAGUCGGGCGUUUCCGUAGCGCUCGGGAUAGGUGAAGUUCUUCCCCGCUCUUCCCCGUGGCAGGACGUUACUCGCGCGUGUUCCUCGUGGGACUCCUCGUCGGGAGAGAAGUUCGACACACCGGUGACAAUCACCGGCGUUCUCGUUGCGCUCGGUUGCAGCAACGGUCAGACUCUGGAGAAGCACUCGUGGUGGCACCGACGCUCUCUGUCGCGGUUCUUCAGGUGAUCAGUGUGAAAAGAAUCAGUCGCUCCGGACAUCGCCGGGAGUGACGGGACGUGUUCAUAGUGGAAUUAUCAGCCAGCGCGUCGAAGCAGCGCCGAAUCACCACUCAGGUCUGCCCUGAACCGAACGUUAAUUCGUCGUAACGAUCAAGAUGAAUCAGCAGUGCAAGGUAUGCGGCGAACCAGCGGCCGGUUUCCAUUUCGGCGCGUUCACCUGCGAGGGCUGCAAGUCCUUCUUUGGCCGAUCCUACAACAACCUCAACAGCAUCGCCGAGUGCAAGAACGGCGGCGAGUGCGUCAUCAACAAGAAGAACCGUACCACAUGUAAGGCUUGCCGUCUACGCAAAUGCCUCUUCGUCGGGAUGUCCAAGUCCGGCUCGCGCUACGGCCGCAGGUCCAACUGGUUCAAGAUACACUGUCUACUGCAGGAGCAGCAGCAGCAGCACCAGCAGCAGCUGCAGCAGCAGCAGCAGCAACAGCAGCAGCAGCAGCAGCAGCAGCAGCAGCAGCAGCAGCAGCAACAGCAGCAACAGCAGCAGCAACAGCAGCAGCAGCAUCACUACCAAGCCGGCAUCUCCGGACAGCAGUUGCAGCUGCAGCAGCAACAGCAACGCAAACCGACGAGCCCGCCGAUCGCGCUCCACGGCGGCCAACGCAAGGACGAGGUCCACCUGCUCAGCAUGGACGACUACAAGAACUCGAGCUCGCCGAGCAUCAGCUCGCCCGAGUCCCUCAACAGCGACAACUCGGUCGACGUGUCCGAGAGGAGAGCCGCCUACGCCGGCCACCCGGGCUUCCGGCCGCUGCACCCGCACAUGCAGCACUCGAUGGCCGACCUGUCGGUCCUCAGCAAGGAGAUGAUGAACUUACCGCUGAGCUUCCACCUCGGGGGCAUGUCCCUGUUGCCGCCUACCUUCUUACCACCGCCUGGCCUCACCAUGUUCCCGCCGUACCACCUGUACGCGACAUCGCCCGCGGCGCCGCACCCCCUGGUGGCGCACCAGGCGUCCAACAUCCUCCGGCACUCGCCUGCCGUCACCGACGAGCACAUCGACCGCGGCUCGGCGAGCUCGACGGUGACGUCCAUGAUGGUGACGCCCGCCGCGGUGGCGGCGGCGGCGGCGGCGGCGGCGGCGGCGGCAGCGGCGGCGACGACGACGACGACGACGACGACGACGACGAUGACGACAUCGACGGCGGCGGCGGCGACGAUGGCCGUCGCGAGCGCUCCCGUCGACGAGAAGGACUGCGAGGGCAACGUCAACAACAACAACAACAACGACCAGUCGGCGCAUAAUCACAACGUGCGCGCGCUCAGAGACAACGCGUCGCCCGGCACCGACGAGCACGAGGAGCACUACACCAAGCGGUUCUACCUGGACAGGGUGCUGGAGAGCCAGCGGGCGUCGGCCGAGCGCUCGCCCACGCCGGUGAAUCCCCGAUCCUGCGACGCGGCCUCGCCCGGCUGCGCCUCGUCCGAGCAGGAAGCCGACUACCUGCUGCAGCAGGAGCAGCCGAUGGAUCUGUCCAUGAAGGCCACCUCGACGACCACCACCUGCGCCAGCGAGCACUCGGAGGAUCAGGAGAGCGCGAGCGACGAGGACGACUCGCUCGAGGCGAAGAGGCGGAGGCUACCGAUAGACUUGACGACCAAAUCCUAAGAGAGCCGGCCGGACGAGAACGCGCGAGUCGAGCGAGAGAGCCGGGAUGAUGCGUUCAAUUGCUUCUUGUUUCUUCUUCGUUGUCGCCGCGUCUCCUGUUUUACCGUGUCCAAGUUUGUGAUAUUUGCGGCCGCGUAUCCGCAGUCGUCGCGCAUCUCGCGCGUCUCGCUUGGGCGGCCGAGUUCAGGAUCGCGAUUCCGCCGGAGAGAUUCGCGUCUACGUCGAGGAGAGCUCGCCUCCGAGUGCCUCUCGCGACUAUAGACACACACACACACACACACGCACACAGGCCUUAGACGCGAAUUUGAGAGUAGACGUGUUUCUUGCGUACGUAUAAAUAUCUAGCUGGUAGUUUCGGCUGAGUGAGAGAGAGAGAGAGAGAGAGAGAGAGAGAGAGAGAGAGAGAGAGAGAGAGAGAGAGAGAGAGAAAAGGAGAGAUAGUUAGAGCGCAGACUCGUAAACACACACACACAUACACACGCGACGCGUGUUCGCGGCCAUGGAGGCCGAAUCUCGUCUCGGGGGAACGAACUGUUGCGACGUUACUCACGAUUCGAAUAGUCAGUGACGUCGACGCGAAUACGUCACGUCACGUUGGGAGACGUCGACGCAGCCAAUAUUCGUCGCGAAUUUUCCUCGCGAAUCACCGCUGAGCGUGGCUGCGCGGACACGCGACGCGGUUCAAUCGGACGCGUAUUAGAAGCUCCCAGCAGUGUUCAACCUUGUGAGACGGAGGACUCCUCGUGCUUCCUGCUGUCCUACUUCCCGCGAUCGUCUCACGCAAACGCCCGGCUAACUUUGCUAACGUAUGCGCGAGAAUAAAUAGGUAUCUAAAAGCCUUUAGAUAUGUAUCUAUCCUUGAACGCAUCCUUUGAGCAAUGCUCGGUAACAUUGCUCGGGUUAGCCGCGCGCGUUUAUACGGCGUUCAAGGUUGAGACGCGUUCGAGAUUGGACCUGGUCGUCUCCGCUUGCUCGCGAGCUUCCCGGCUGAGUUAUCCGGCGACGAUCCGGAGAAUGCUCGCAAUUAUGACUCGACUGACGAGUCGUCGUGACAGUCGGCGCCUCUGCCUCCCGCAAGUUCUCUUCGAGUCGACUCUUCGAGUCGAAUAUGGAUUCGUCGAUAUUGUAUUUCCGGUUGCAUCCGGGCGUAUCUUGUUACCCUCGUCGUAAUUUAACGCAAGGAUAAUUUUACAAAUACCAUACGCUCUCGGGAGAGUUUUUGUGCAACACCCGAGUGUUAACUCUACGAGAGUGUUAACUUUACGAUGUAACGCGGAAAUGAUGAGGGAAUGUGUUUGGCGAACCUCCGCACGCGGGAGAGAAUAAUCGUCGGGUAGCAAAUUAUCCGAAAGCAUUCGAAGUAAUUCAAUGACGGUUGAUUUGGCGGACGCGUCGACUUCGCCUCGAAGCGAACUCGACUUGUAUAAUCGGACCUCAAAUUCGACUCGACCGACGCGAGUGGCCGCACAGUGUGACUAGUAGAAAUCGCUUUAUUUAAACGCCGACGAAGAUAAUUGUCUGCAUUCCGACGAGCGCCGAUGAGAACGAGCGACGCUCAGCGGCUUUAAACGGCUAAAGUUGUAGACGUCGACGGCAUCCGUGAAGACUGUUACCAAACUUUGUCGGAGAGCUUGUUAUCAUCGUAUCUUAGAUUAUUUUUCUAAAUAACUUUUACACGCGAUUAAGAGACAAGAAUAUCAAUAUUUUCUUAAUACACCGGUAUACUCUUCCGCUAAUGCGCGAUAGCGAUAUAUUAAACAAACGCAAAAUUAAAGCUCCCUUAGACACGUUUAGUGAUACGACAGCAUCGUGAAAUGACGAUAAAUCGCAAACCGCGUCGAGCGUGCUGUGUUGAGAAAUAAUCUGACAAUGGCCGGAAGAGGGAAAGACCCAAGAUGCGGUCGCCGCGACGCUCUUCACCGGCGCCGUCGAUACAGUUCCGCGUGCCUCUCGCUUUGUGUUCUCGCCGACGGAAAUUCCUCCGACUCUCAACCCCGACGAAAAUCCCUUUUCGCGAAUGCUCCACAAGAGCGCGGCCGGCUCGGUGCCACGGAUUAAGAAACGUUUCCAGCAGAUUAGGGAGAACACGCACACGCGCGCGCGCGCACGGAAACACCGACGACGCCUUCGCGUGAGAAGAAAUCCCCGUGAGAAGAGAGCGACUUCUUAGCCUUAGAGAGUGCUUCGCGCUCUCAGCCGCGCGAACCGCUCGCGGACCGCGGACGAACGAGAUUCGAGCUCGUGCCGAACGCGAAACGCCAGAUUCCCGCGGCAGCCCUUAAUUAGCUGCUCGCGCGAGUACGGCCAUCGCCGCGCUGCCGUGACCUCCUCCUGCGCGCGGACGGACGAUCCAAUCGCUCGUACAUGCGCGUGCACCUUCGCACCGCGCGUCUUCGGCCGCGAACGCUCGAGCGACGCGGCUCGCGCGGCGGCGAGGAGGAGAAGGAAUCGCGACGUCGGCCGACGUCUCAAUCCCGAGAGACGAGAGCGGCCGCCGAUCGAUGCCCGCUUGCGCAACGGCCAAUCGACUUUAACGAGAUUCCGCCGUUUUAAUUAACGAGCGCAUGCGCGCUCGCUCGCUCGCUCGCUCGCUCGCGGUAAUCACACGAGCGAGCGAGACGAAGACGAACGACGAAGGACGCGAGCGCCGCCCGAUGAACACAUCGAGCGUGCGUGCGCGCGUACACGUGUCCGCGCGUACGCCACGCACCGGCGCCGUGUUCACGUGUGCGCGACACGUCGGUAGUCGCGCUUUAUCUUGCGAGGCCGCGCGCAACGACCGCCGACGUUGUUUCCUCUCCGCGCCGGCCGCUCUCCCGCGCGCGUGUCCUGAGCGAUGUUAAGGAAGAGUAGCGUUUAGGACGGUCGAAUGGACGACAAAGUGUCCCGGGGCUUUCAAGCAUCAAUCUCUAAUCUUCGAUCGUCGAGAGAAGGUCAUUUCUUUCGUCUCCGAAAUUCACUUCCGCUAGGGGUUACUUUCGCGCGAGAGGGUGAACAAUCGCUCUUGGCCGUCAGCGGAAUGCUUCAAAUCGACCGUCACUUUUUCUUGGUAGUGUCUUCGUUAAUUCUACGAUCGGCUAGGCUCGCGCGG